GCGCACGUGUUUUGAAAGCAUGUUGUUGCAGAGGCACGUUUUUUAAUGUCUAUGCAGCGGUACACGCUUGCAGAGUGUGUUUACGUGAGUGUAUAGACACUCGUGUUUUAAAACACGGUUAAAGAUUGUAUCUGAAUAAUGAGCGAACACGAGCGCUACCCGCCGCCGAGCUUCAUGACGCCGGCGGAACCGUCUGUCCACUGGACUCCGCCGAAAUUCGAGGCGGCCAGAGAUUGGAACUGGACCCAACCGACACCGGCUGUACCCUGGAGCCACAGCCCCGGUCCAUACGGAGGGUUCGGACACCAUCAUUAUUACAACAAUCAUCAACAUGCAGGUCAACGUCCUCCUCCUCACAGACCUGAGUGGCAGAAUCAUGGAAACCAGUGGGGCAGAAAGAAGCAGAAGAAAGAGCCAGAAUUCAGCCACUUCUGCGACACGUGUGACAGAGCCUUCAAAAAUCAAGACAAGUAUGAUGAACAUAUUUCACAGCAUGUGAAGUGUUCUGUUGAGGGCUGUCAUUUUAACGCACAUGAGAAACUGGUAAAGAUUCACUGGAAAAACAAUCACGCUCCAGGUGCCAAGAGAAUAAAACUGGACACACCAGAAGAGAUCGCAAGAUGGAGGGAGGAGAGGCGCAAGAACUACCCUACGUUGAGUAACAUAGAGAAGAAAGUAAAGAUGAUGGAAGUGAAGGAGCAGAGAGGAGAUGUUCUGGAGACGGCACAGUUUGGUCGGAUGAAGAACCGUGGCAGAGGUCGAGGCUGCGGAAGGUGGAGUGAAUGUGCCGGUGAAAGAAUUGAACCCGUGACCUCAGAGACGGACCAGCCCAUGUCACUUAAGCGGCCGAAUCAGGAUGGAGACCCUCUUGGAGCUCUAGCAAACAAUGACCCGGGGUCUGAUAAUGAAGAGUCCGUUCAACAGAAGCAGGCUGGACUCUCGGUUACCCCCAGAAAUGUGACGUCUGCCCUGGGAUCACUCAUGUCUAGUUACGGGGAUGACAUGACCACCAGCGACAGUGAAGGAGAUACAGAUGAUUCUCCUUUGUUACGAGCGUCUCGGGCUGUGGAGGAGAAUAAGACGCUACUGGUGGCUCAUCCCGUUCCUGUUCAGAACAGCUCUGUACAUCACCCAGAGAAACCUGCAGACAGCCCACAACAAUCCCAUCAUGCCCCGGCCGGAAGAGGUCAAGGGGGUCGCGGGCCUCAGAGGGGCAAGGGUCAGAGAGGAGGUCACAAUCACCUUAGCGAAUCACAUAAGCCAACGCUGCUCGAGAUGUUAUUGGCUCCCGACAUUCGCCAUGAGAGGAAUGUUAUUCUUCAGUGCGUUCGAUACAUCGUCCGGAAGGGAUUCUUCGGUUUGGCUGGCAAAGACAGUAAUGAAAUCGCAACUGUGAGUACAGAUGACUCUGCGUGUGAAGACGCCUCAGCGUGCAACACCAGAGAGGACGGAGAACGCUCGGGUGCCACCAGCCAAUCACAGGAGGAGCUGAAUGAAACGGGAUCUCCAGCAGCCUCAGAUGAAUCCGUUUCGAGUCUGGACGCAGCCAAGCAGCCCAGCGUGUUUCUGCAGCUGUUCGCUCACAGUUUAGUGUGCGAGGAGCCUGCUGACGGUCCACAAGACCUUUCUAAAGCAUCAGCGAUAGAUCUGAACACAUCCACAGAGGCGGAAGACAGGCAGAGGUAUCAGAAGUGUUCAAUGAUAGACACUGUCGACCAGUAAUGACAUAAGUGUGCUCAUUCAUACCGUAAGAUGGUCAGCGGGAUCUGAAACCCAUAAAGGCAUUUGUGCAACAUUACUAAUCCUUUGUUUGCAUAGAAUAAUUGGACCUGUCGAAUAGAAUGACAGAUUAAAACGAGUUUGGCAUCGAUUGGUUUUGCCCUUUAAUUUUUAUUGGUUAUUGGUGCUUUUUCUGCCUUUACAAUCUGACAGUGUUUGUGUGGAAGUGAUGGAUCUGCGUGGACGUGUGUAUGUUCAGCUGGAUCUCUGAAUUUGAGUUCGUCAUGUUCGUGAAGGUGGAGAUGCUGGAAGCUCCUCGGCUGUUUCUUGUGCUUUAAAGUUGAAGUCCAGCUGGUGUCUUUUAUAAAGAAUAACACGAUGCCCUGUCUCACCCAUCAGUUCUGAAUUCUCCAGAUCUUCUCAUGUGAUGAGUGGAGACGUCCACACCAUCCUUAUCUUGACAACGGUUGUCACAUCUUUGAACUUGUGUCCUUUCUUCUGUGAGCUACAUGCAAAUCCUAAAGUGCCUAUUUAUUAUGAAAUCUUAUUUUUUCAGUCUAAAUACAUAAAAAAAAUAAACACAAUAAUCAUUCCUGCAUUUAUUUCCUAUUUAAAGCUGACGUAAAGCUCUAAGGUGUGCUGUCUUUUGAGGAUUGGAGUUUGUGACAGAAAUCAUGUGUUGAAAACACAAAACAUGUAUUUGUUGGCGUCUAAAUAUGAAUUUUCUUUAUCUGUGGCUCUUUGGCAAUCAAUAAACCUGUCUAUUUAUGCCAGACACCAUUAUCUCGGAUUUCUGAAGCAUACCACUAGUUUGAGACUCAGUUAUAUUAUAAUAUGAAACCAGAUCAAUUGAAGAAUCAAUGUUAACUUCCGUGUAAGCAUAGAUACGUGGUGCCCUGAGAACUUAACUGGUAACAUGAAAGUGUUUAAGCAGAAGUGCUUAUUGUCGAC